AUGAAAUUGAAAUUGCUGGUAUAUUACAUGUGCAAUACGGGGAUCUGCAGUGUUACAUUGUAUCUAUCAUACUAUAUCAAAAUGGCCACAGUGGUACAGAACCCCCUGAAAUCGCAAUCUGGAGGAACAGUCAUUAAGAACAGUCUGGGCGAGGAGUUCUACAGAGAGGCCAUCGAGCACUGCCGUAGCUACAAUGCCCGCCUGUGUGCUGAGCGCUCCAUGCGCCUGCCCUUCCUGGACUCCCAGACCGGCGUGGCACAGAGCAACUGCUACAUCUGGAUGGAGAAGAACCACCGUGGCCCAGGUUUGGCCCCAGGACAGUUGUAUACUUACCCUGCCCGCUGCUGGCGCAAGAAGAGACGGCUAAACAUUCUGGAGGACCCGCGCCUCGGACCCAUCGAGUUUAAGAUCGACUACGAGGCGUCUCUGAAGAAGGAGGGGGGCUUGCCGGAGGGGCCGGUGUUGGAAUCACUGCUCAGUGGAGAGACUCUGGACAAGAAGGUGGAGACCAAGGAAGAGGAACCUAUGAGCGAGUGCCAGAAGCUGCUGGUCGGUGAUUUCCCCCAUGAACUGGAAGCGGAGGAGAUGGAAGAGGACGUCCCCAAACGCAAGAACCGCAAGAACCGCGAAGGACGGGCCUGUGGUGUAGGGGGUAUGAGGAAGAGACAAGAACCCAGCACCAUUGAGGACAGGGACAAGCCGUACGUCUGUGACAUCUGUGGGAAGCGCUAUAAAAACCGCCCGGGCCUGAGCUACCACUACACUCACACACACCUAGCGGACGAGGAGGGAGAGGAGGACUCUGAGCGACACACCCUGCCCUUCCAGCGCAAGAACAACCACAAGCCUAAGAAAGCUGCAGACGGGUCGGUCAUCCCUAACGGCUACUGUGACUUCUGCCUGGGCGGCUCCAAGAAGACCGGCUGUCCCGAGGACCUCAUCUCCUGUGCCGACUGUGGACGCUCAGGUCACCCGUCCUGCCUGCAGUUCACAGUCAACAUGACGGCAGCAGUACGGACCUACCGCUGGCAGUGUAUCGAGUGCAAGUCCUGCAGCUUGUGUGGCACCUCCGAGAAUGACGAUCAGUUACUAUUCUGUGAUGACUGUGACAGAGGUUACCAUAUGUACUGCCUGAGCCCCCCUAUGGCGGAGCCCCCAGAGGGGAGCUGGAGUUGCCAUCUGUGUCUGCGGCAGCUUAAAGAGAAGGCCUCAGCCUACAUCACCCUGACCUAAUCUACCACGCCCCCCCCCACCCC